ACGAGCAAGCCAAGCUCCUGCAGGUCUUCCGGAUCCAGGUGAUGGUGAACCAACAAGACAUUGUGGUGGUGGACAAAGAAUAGAGGACAGCUGUUGUGGUUGAUGCGGAAAUACCAAGUGAUGCAUCAUCAGGAAGAAGGAACACGAGAAGUUAGAGAAGUACCAGGGCCUCCAAGAAGAACUUGAGAAAGCCUGGAGAGUGAAGAUAUCAGUUGUGGUCAUCAGGGCAGCAACCCCCAUUCUGGAGGAGUGGCCAAAGCAGAUCCCAGGAAAAACAUCAGACAUCUCAGUCCAGAAAAGUGCAGUUCUAGGAACAGCUAAGAUAUUGUGCUGAACCCUCAAGCUCGCAGGCCUCUGGUAGAGGACCCAAGCUUGGAAGGAGGAGACCACCCGCGGAGGGUGAAACGGGAAUUUUUAUACAUACCAGAAGUAUCAGAAGGCUCACAUAAACAAGAAAAAAAAUAAAACUCUAUGGUAGAUAAAAAUGAAGUUUAUUAACAAACACAAGUCAAAUCUUCAGAUAUAAUUAAAAACUAAUAACGCCCAACCGCCGUCGCCUGCUGGAGGCGUCCGGCUCCGCCUGUGAGCCCCUUUAUGAGGAAUUGCUUUAAUAAAAUUGUUGAGAAAAGGUGAGAUAGUGUUACCUGAUAAGUUAACAUUUUUUUAAAAGAAAGUCAGCCUUCUGUUUCAAAAUAAAGUAAAAAAAAGUUUAAAAAUAUUGGCAGCUUGUAACAUUUAACAAUACAAAUUAGGUCUAAAAUAAACGGGCGACGCCAUGCCAGGUUUCCUUCUAUGGGAGCCCAUGAGGACAAAAUGCAUUUACUGAUUUGUAACAAAUGAUUACAAAACUUUCAGCACUCAUAAAUGUUUUACUCAUUUACCUCUUCAGUUGUUGCCAGUGAUGAAAGGGAGUCUGACGUGUUUGUCAUUUUGUUGGAGGAAUUUUUGACCCUAUCCGUUGGUAAGGUCUUACUCGAACACAAAAAUACUGCUUGCUUGCUUGUUUUUAGGUAUGCACUGCCCCCUAUCCCCUGGAGAUCCUAUUGGCUACUUUUGCUGCAGCAUCCACAACAGAGUUUAAAGGACUUUUGAUCCUUCAUAAUAAAAUGUACACAAGUACCCAAAACAUCUAAUGUCUGUGAAAAAAAACUGUUUAUUAAUGUUGUUCUCUGGUAAAACUUAAAUGAUUUAUUUGUUAUUUUUCACACACUGUCAUACAGAUAAAGAUUAAGUGAACAAUGUUGCAUGAAUGGCUGUGAAAGAUUGGAGAUGGAGCUGCUGUGCUAUGUCAAGCCGUUAGCCUAUCAACCUAAACACUGUUACAAAUUUAGAAAACUACAUGUGUCAGGUGGCUUAAUUAAUAAUUUUAGAUAAAUUAUCUAAAAAAUACGUCAAAAUAGCAGAACACUCAUUUGUUUUUGGAGGGUUAAUAAAAAACGAUCAAUUCUCACCAGAGUCCCGCAGCAGUACUGCGCUCUGACGCAGAGCGGCGCAGUUCCCCGACAGGUGCGUCUGUCCCCCUCCCGCACCUUCACAUCUCAGCGCUGCUGCUGCUUCUUCUGGCUGCUGAAGCCCACUCCUCCUCCUUCUUCUCCUCCUCCUCCUCCUGCUGCUUCUUUCUCACAGGCAGAACCGACUUGAUGCGCAUAAUAAAUCAUCUCUGCAAGAUCCCUCUCCAAGCCCAGUUUCAGAAGGACGCUUGUUGGAUUUUGGAGCGUAAACAGUGGCGAGCCUCGUAACAGAGGGGAUGUUUUAAAUGUGACUCAGUACUGCAAACAACGUGGGUGUGGGUGUGUGUGUGCUCUCGUUAUUUCUCUGUAGGGAGUGGAGGAGGCAGAGCAGCGAUAUGAAACUCGUGGCUUUCAGCCUCCUGCGUUCCGCUCCGUCUGCGGCUGGACUCACGCUCACCUGUAUGAACGACCUUGCAAUUGUGACCGAAAUUUUCCUAACGAGGUUUCCAUGGAGGAUCAGUGCGUCUUCUUUUUUGGUCUGAGGGCUGGUUUUUACUCCCGCUGGUCUCAAGACACCUCAGGAUAGGAGGUCACCCUCCUUUCACUCUGAGAAGUGCCAUUUCAAAGCUUAUUGGAUGAAAGUCUCAUUUACCCCUGGCUGCCAAAGAUGACGCUGCCAUGGAAACUGCUUCUAUUGCUAUCAAUCAUCGACCGUCUGACAGAUUGUAUGGACAGUGGAUCAUACCAUGGACCUCGCUGGAGAAUGGAGCCAGGUGACUUGUUUAUCCCUGUUGACUCCAUUGAAGAAGAAGCCACCUUGACUUGUGACGCGAAGGGAUCGCCUCCUCCUCAGUACAGAUGGUCACUAAACGGGACUCUCAUAAAUCUGGGACUGGAUCGGCGGCGGCGUCUGUCUGGGGGCAACCUCAUUAUAAGCAAUCUGGACCGCUACCAGGAUGUGGGGAUGUACCAGUGUAUGGCCUACAACACUGUAGGAGCUAUCCUCAGCAGGAGAGCGAGUCUGCAGUUCGCCUACUUGGAUCAUUUCAAAGUUCACACCAGAAGUGCUGUGUCAGUCCGAGAGGGGCAAGGAGUGGUGCUACUGUGUGGGACUCCAACUUCCUCUGGAGAUCUUACCUAUGCGUGGGUCUUCAACGAGUAUCCGUACUUUGUCCAGCAAGACAGCCGUCGCUUUGUUUCCCAGCAGACGGGGAACCUUUACAUUGCCAAGGUGGAGCCCUCUGAUGUGGGUAACUACACUUGUGUGGUGAUGAACAGCAUCACCAAGGGCAAGGUUCACAGCUCACCUACAUCUCUGAUCCUCAGGACAGAUGGAGUGAUGGGUGAAUAUGAGCCGAAAAUAGAAGUUAAUUUUCCUGACAAUGUACCUGCUGCAAAAGGAUCAACAGUUACUUUGGAGUGUUUCGCCCUUGGGAACCCGGUCCCAGAAAUCACCUGGAGGAGGGCAAAUGGAGUCCCGUUCCCCAGCAAAGUCAAGAUGAAGUAUUCGAACGCUGUGCUGGAGAUCCCCAGCUUCCAGCAGGACGACACAGGGGGGUACGAGUGUGUGGCCGAGAACAAGAUGGGCAAGAACACGGCUGCCGGUCGAAUAGUUUUUUAUGCCAAGCCCCAGUGGAUCCAGACCAUGAAGGACACCGCCCUGGCCAUAGAGGAGAGACUGUACUGGGAGUGUCGAGCCAAUGGCAAGCCCAAACCCUCCUACAUUUGGCUGAAGAAUGGCCAACAGCUCCUCUCUGAGGGCCGGAUCCACGUGGAGGACGGAGUCUUGUCCGUGUCGGUGCUGACACUAUCUGAUGCUGGCAUGUACCAGUGUGUGGCUGAGAAUAAACACGGCAUCAUAUAUUUUGCUGCUGAACUAAUGGUUUUAGCUUCUCCUCCAGACUUCACAGGAAACGUCCUCAGAGCUUUACUCAAAGCCAAGGCAGGAACUACAGUCACUUUGGACUGUAAACCUAAAGCUUAUCCCACAGCCAGUAUUUUAUGGAAGAAAGGAAACCUGCCUAUUCACACCAACGACAGGAUCACACUUUCCCCAGAUGGAACUCUGAGGCUUGCAAAUUUGAGCAAAUCGGAUGCAGGCAGCUACACAUGCUUUGCUAGGAAUAGAUUUGGAAUGUCAAGUACAACUGGACGGCUCCUGGUUACAGAUCCAACCAGAAUCAUCCAGGGCCCAGUGGACAUGGAGAUCAUCGUAGGCGAGAGUAUUGUGUUACCCUGCCAGGUCUCCAGUGACCCCGUCCUUGAUGUUUCUUUUUCUUGGGCCUUCAAUGGACAUCUGAUCACCAAUGGAGACGGUCACUUUGAGCUGGUGGGCGGGCAGAGAACAGCAGGAGAUCUGAUGAUCAGGAACAUUCAGCUUUACCAUGCCGGCAAAUAUAUCUGCGUGGUGGACACUGACGUGGAGAGCCUGUCAGCCGUGGCUGUAUUGAUUGUAAAAGGCCCCCCCAGCCCUCCAGACUCAGUGACGGUGGAGGAGGUGACAGACAGCACAGCCCAGCUGGCGUGGAGCCCCGGCAGAGACAACGGAAGCCCCAUCUCCAACUACCUCAUCCAGACACGGACUCUUUUCACUGUGGGCUGGCAGAGGGUUAACGCAGUUCCAGAGGUCAUUGAUGGGAGCACACUGACAGCCACCGUCGUAGACCUCAACGCCUGGGUCGAAUACGAGUUCCGGGUCUUGGCCAAAAACAGCGUUGGAGUUGGAGAACCCAGUCCUGUGUCUGUUAAGACGAGGACAGAAGAUGCAGUUCCAGAUGCAGCGCCGGGUGAUGUGGGUGGAGGAGGGGGAAGCCGAUCAGAACUGGUCAUAACAUGGGAGCCUGUUCCUGAAGAACUGCAGAACGGUGAAAGCUUUGGUUACAUCAUAGCUUUCCGCGCGUUCGGAGAAGUCAGCUGGACUCAUGUGGCCACCUCUGCCCCCGGCGCAUCUCGGUACGUGUACCGCAACGAAAGCAUCGCGCCCUUCUCUCCAUUUCAUGUCAAGGUUGGCACUUACAACAGCAAAGGGCAGGGUCCCUUCAGCCCUGUGGUGACCAUCUACUCAGCGGAGACAGAGCCAAGCGGGAUGCCGGCGGGAGUCUGGGCCAGAAGUGUCUCCGCCUCUGAGAUCGAAGUGAAUUGGCAGGCUCUCCCCAUCACUCCUGAAAGGGUUCUGGGCUAUGAGGUGGUUUACUGGGAGGACGACACCAAGCCAGAGACCAUGGGGAAGGUUAGAGUGCAUUGGAACCACACCUCCGUCACGGUACACAGCUUGGCAGGAAACACGCAGUAUUUUCUAACAGUCAGCGCCUUCAACACGGCGGGAACCGGUCCCUUCCUCCCGGCAAUCAACGUCACCACCAAAAAACCACCGCCUGCCCAGCCACCGCUGAAUGUUGAGUGGACCCUAAUUGGCUCUCAGCUGUCUCUUUACUGGGAGCCUGUGGUGGCAAUGGAAUCGGAGUCAGAAGUCACAGGCUAUCAACUUUCAUACUGGAGACAGAGACACAAAGAGGUAAACACUUUCACAACAGCCAACUCAACAGCGGAGCUCAGCCUCGCCGAGAACGACGAUGACUACAUCAUUCGUAUUCAGACACUGAGCGAGGGAGGACUGGGUCCAGCCUCGGAUCCCAUUCAAAUCCACAAGCUCAGUAUGAGUGCCCGUGGCUCCAAAGCCUGGAGUGUGGACGUUUCACCACUCUCCUUGCUCCUCACCAUUGCAAUAUCAACAUUCAGGUCAACGUUGUGACACGACUUUACUCUCUCCUGUUUUCUGAAAUUUACUGGUAUAUUUUUAAUAUAUAGUUUAUGAAAAUGGCCAUGUUUCUUUUCUUUUUUUUUUCUUGAGAUGAAAGUUAAUUAAAAAGUGUGAGGCAGCGCAGGAGUAGAGCGUGCCGUUGCUUAACAUUAGGUGUUUGCAUUUUAUUUUUUUAAAUGUGGGUCUGACAUUUUUUGCCAGAUGAGGAAGAAAAAAGUCCAUUUCAGCUCCUUUUUAUCCCUCUAGAAUGAUACAGAUGCCUUACUUCCAUUCAUGUGCCAAAGUAGUUUCAGUCUUCUUGUUCUAUCAAAGAUAGCAACAUACUUUUCUUCUUCACCAUCAUUUUACUGCAAUUUAAGGACUCUGUGCACCUCACAGAUGAUUUGUUUUUAAAUAUUCAACUGUUUUCAUACCUGAAUCAGAAAGUUUUAACUUGUCUGAUCACCCAUGCCCGUGCCUUUGGAGAUUCUUGUAACGGCCUCACUUAUAGACGCUGGCAAUUGACAAUGUCACGGAUCAACCUGCAGCCAUUUCAUCUUUAUUUUCUCCAUCAAGUCCUAAAACACCUCAGAGCAUCAAUGAUUUCCAUGAUACGGUUUGCUUUUGGAAAGCUGGGUGUUUAAACGAAGUCUCCCAGAUGUUUUCACACCACCAAUUAGUUAUUUUAGUGGCCAGAUGUUUGACAGACUGGACUCUGCUUUUGCAAGCAAACAACUCGGAGCUUAGAGGCUGAGGCGUACAAGUGCCAACGUGUUUUUCUUGUUCUAACACUUGCACAAAAAUAUUCGCCACCUGAAGAAUGCCAAAAAACAAGAAGAUAUUUAUAAACUUUAAACUGAUUCUACAUGUGAGAAUUUAAUUCUCCCUCCAAGGUGGGCGUCAAAAUGUUUGUGUCCAUCAAAUUCUAAAACUAACUUAUCUAAACCCUUAAAAUAACAACCAGAAGGGCACUGAGUGACUUGGAUGCUUUAUUUUCUGUUAGACGUCAUAUCACAAAACGUUCAAUAGCUUCUUUAUGUUGAAACUCCUGCAGCUUUCGGUGCGAAGCAGCAGGUGAGCAGCAAGAAUGACAUUUAACAAGGAAGCCUUCGAAAGCUUACAUCUAAGAGCAAGAAAGAAGGGCUUUAGAAAGGCUUUCAUGAUAGCCUCAUAUUUUGGGAAUGAUGCUAAUUUUUCAAAAUAAAAGUGUGGAUAAAAAUGUACACCAGGAUGAUUAAAGAAGGCUUAAAUUGAAAUAAGAAACUCAAAUUUUAAGCACUUUGUGGCUUAAUUGCAACAAGAACAUGUUCACCGCUGCGACAUUAAUUUUAUUUGGAGUUACCUCAAUUGCCCCAUGAAAGCUUGUCAUAUAUAAAGUGUAAUAUAUGCGACAAACUGCGGUUUUGUGUUGCCAUCCAGUGAGCAUGCCCGUAUCUAACGAAAGGGGAGUGCUUCACCACCGUCCUGAAAUUUUAAGAGGAUUUCUAAAGUGCUACCUCCCUAUUCGGGGUUAAUUUUUACCCGGGUAAUGUGCUUUAGCUCCGUUCUUGUAGCGGAUACACGCUGAGCAGCCUCAGAACAGGUUCCUGAGGUGCAAAUAUGACCCUUUUCACAAAGAAUGGAUGAGAGUUCACAAAGAUCUAGUUGGCUAGGUGUGCGAGGCCUCCAAAAAGGUCGCUUAACUCAUUUAAUUAAAAAACAAACUAUACUGUGACUCAGAAACAAGUUAAAGUAAACUGGGGGGAAAGGUGUUUUUCGAUUUUUGGGGUGCGCCACCAUCUCCUAACCGUCACUUCUUCUGCUCGUUAAAACAUUCCUCCUCUUAGCUCCCUUCACAGUGUUUUUACUUACCAUAAAAAUUUCACGAGUUACAUUUUCAAGCAAGGGUAAACCAGACUAAAGUGGCCACAUAGUGGGAAUGAAGUGGAUGUUGCGUUUGUGAUGCUUUAUUUCUGUUUCAGCAGCUUUGACGUUCCCGCUCUGGAGAGUUUUAACGUCUACACUGUUACAUACCCUCUAAUUCAGUUUUAAUUCAGCUUAAUUGGAGGUUUGGAUACAUAAUCAUUACUAUUUUGGAACUGAUGAUAUAUUCCAAUUGGAAGCCUAAAAAGUGCUUUAACAGUUGCACUUCCACACUAGUGUGACUUUUCAGACCCAGCAGCUCAUCUCUCUUUUUGUGUAGUCUAAUGAUCGCUCUCACCGAAACCGAUAAUCCGGCGUUCACCUCACAUCCACUUCACACUCACUUCGCACCACACGCCAGGCAUGAGGAGGUGAGAAAGUAAGCUGGGUUUGGACCUCCAUCUCAUUUGUUUUGUAACACAUCCUUGCAUUUGCAGCUAAGCACGACCUUGCAAAUGCCUUUUGUGAAAGAAAUGUUCUGUUAUUUUCAUAUCGGAAGAAUUAUUACAGUUUAUUCCUUGCUGAUGUUUAAAUUACUUGUGCAUAAAUGUCGAUUAUACACCUCUACUUUGUGGCGGCGUCAUUCCCAGCUACAGGUUU